UAUGGUUUAUGUCUGAUUCCAUGAUACGCUUCGGUUGCAAUUACUGCUCUUGUGGUGUUGUUAAGACUUUCCUUAGCUAUGCCAGAAAAAUUUGCUCGUGAUGUUAUUAAAAUAUUUGUUGCCCAAACUUGUCUGGCUGUGGGCUUUCAGCAUAUUCAGGUUUCCGCUUGUGAGCUUUUAACUGAAAUUUUUUCUUUCUACGUGAAUCGAAUUGGAGUAGCUGUGGAGAAGAGAGCCUCUUUGUGCUCCCGAACCGAAGUCAACGCCUUGGAUCUGCUCGGAGCUUUGACUGAGGAUUUCGAAACUGGGCUCUCUCAACUACGCCAAGUUAUUGACAUCUCUCAGGAAAAUCGUUUAGUUUCAUUUUCUCACUUGUCUUCUGAGGAGCGGGAUAUAUUUGAAGGCAAAUAAAGCUUGCUCUAUCCCUGUAAGCGUCGACGAUACCAUAAGCUUUGAAAUAACCGGAAGCUAUGGAAGCUGUGGCGGCUGCCAACUCCCCCCUCUUCCUAAGAAAAUUGUUCCAAUACAAAACCUUUCAUAUAAUGAAGUAUUUGAAACGAACACGGAAAAUAAACAAUGCGCCCAAGUACUGCUUAACGAGUAUGACCAAGUAACUUACACAGAUAACCUAUCGUUCAUGUCACUUGGGGGCGUAGUCUCGCGAGAGGCUUACUCCAAUAAGAAGUCACCGCUUUCCAAUCUCCUUAAGAUUUGUUUCCCUUCCGGGAGUUUUGACGAUGGAGAGGGUCUUACAGACAUAUCCAGCGGUGCAGAGGACAGCGAUAAAGAGCAUAUAAUGGACAAAGAAGCCCUUAUGGAAGCAUCAGAGUCAUUCAAAAACUUGUUGCGAGACAUUGCCCAAUCGCCCUCGCCUCCCUCGUCGCCCGUACUUGAAAUGACUUCUGAAGGGCAAUCGGUUCCAACCCAUGCUGAUCUGCUGUUCGAAGGCAAGAAUAUAACAGAAGACGAUAUAGAAGACGAAAUCACACUUUCGGAAUUAAUUAAACAGCGGAUUAAAAGGGAUCUCUCGGAAGUGCCCCAAAGAAUAACCCCCACAGGAAAUUCAUUCACUUCCGCGACUUCCGCUGAAGAUAAAUUACAAGCGAGUCACAAUGAAGACAGUGUGGAAAAGUCUCGGGAGGCGGUGUCAGUAGACGCUAAAAUGCUUGAGGGCUCUAAUUUGUCUAAUAUUGCCGGUAAUGCAACAUCUCUACGCGAUGCUGGUAGCGAAAAUAACGAUAGGGUCUGCCGUGACAGCGGUGUUAACACCAAUACUUUCAGCACAACUGAUUGUAAUAACUUAAAUGCGACUUCCAUAAUUAUGGAGGUUUUUCCCCAAUUUAACCUGGAAAGUCCUUUAACAAUUCCAAGUGUGGCAGUGGAACCCAUUAGUGUAAAGGGCCUGAAAGAGGAGAGUAGCGCGAGCAAAGAAAGCAAUUGUAAGGGGAAUGACGAGAGUGCAGUCGCUAGAAUGUCACUUUACCAUUCUAUAGCUAACGAUGUAAGCACUGAUGAAGACCAUCUUGGGCUGUUACAUCUAGUUAUAAAAAAAAGAAAAGAGCAUAAACAGCGAAAAAAAAUUAAAGAAAGAUCUAACAAGGUAUCCAAUGAAAGUCACGAAGCCCAUGAACAAGUAGCGAAAGAGGUUAAUGAAAAAGUUGCUAACAAAAAAAAUAGAAAAAGUGAAAAUAAACUAAAAGUUGAAAUGCCGGAUAGCAAUACUAAAAGUAGGAUGUUUCGCAGUAGAACACCGUUCACAGAUGAAGAGGAAAAAGCAAAGAAGGCACACAAGGAAACGCUGCCCGAAAAGGAGCCAGUAUCAUGCGGUAUUUGUGCGUUUCCUUCGAACGGCCUCCCCGUAGCCACCUGCGAAAAUUGCAAGAACUGGUAUCACAUCGCAUGUGCCGGCCUCGACGAAGCCGUUCCCACAGACUACGGCACUAGCUGGUUUUGUCACAAUUGCAAUAAGAGGAAAAGAAAGGCUUGCCCCUACAGCUGAACAUCCACUACACCGCAUACAAGGUGAUCUGUGGUUACCCGCCCGUAUGUCUUCCCUCAUCCUACGAGACUUAUAACAAUCUAAGUCAUCAGUUUGUGGAUAAUAAUUCUACUUCCUUAACUAUCGGAAUAAAACAGAUAAAAAUUAUUUUUAUUAUAUUUUCCGGAUGCACA